AUGGCGGGCUCCAUGGUGGACCGCGCCACCAGCGACCAUCUCAUCGGCCCGGACUGGGCUAAGAACAUGGAGAUCUGCGACAUCUGCAACCGCGACCCCGGGCAAUCGAAAGAUGUUGUCAAGGCACUGAAGAAACGGAUUGGCCACAAGAAUCCAAAAGUUCAACUUCUUGCACUAACUCUGUUGGAAACUGCUAUAAAAAACUGUGGGGAUAUACUUCACAUGCAUGUCGCAGAGAGAGAUAUAUUGCAUGAGAUGGUGAAGAUAGUGAAGAAAAAGUCUGAUCCUCGUGUUAAAGAGAAGGAUGAAGCAGAAUCUUCUGCUGCCAAUGAUUUUCCUGCUUUGAGCAUGUCGGAGAUUCAGAAUGCUCGUGGUAUUAUGGAUGUACUUGCUGAGAUGCUGAAUGCUUUAGACCCUGGAAACAGAGAGGGACUAAGGCAGGAGGUAAUUGUUGAACUCGUGGAUCAAUGCCGCACUUACAAGCAGAGAGUUGUGCAGCUAGUUAAUUCUACCACGGAUGAGGAACUUAUGUCGCAGGGGCUUGCACUGAAUGAUGAUUUACAGCGUGUUCUAGCAAAACAUGAUGCAAUAGCAGCAGGUAUUGCAGUUCGAGUGGAGAAAAAACCAAAGUCUUUGCAAGCACUUGUAGAGACCGAGGAUUCGGCAAACCAGGACUCUAAAAAGGAGCAGGGACUCAUAGAUAUUGAGGAACCCACAAGCCAAGAUGCUGCAAAAGAACCAAAUCAAAGUACAAGUGACCAAUCUCCUUUUGAGCAAUUAGCUCUUCCAGCACCACCAGUGUCAAAUGGCGCAGCAACCUCAGCACCAAAAUCUGAUCUUGGCAUUGAUCUUCUGAGCUGGGAUGAUACCCCUGCCCCUGCUACAGCACAAAAUUCACUUGCUCUUGUUCCUGUCACAGAUCCUCUUGCUGACUCUACUUCAUCAAAUCAAAAUGUGCUAGCAAUUGUCGACACAUUUUCACAAAACAGCACCGCCAACAGCAACGCUCAACCAGCUGACCCCUUUGGUCUCAGUCCAAGUUCUGUUAUUCCAGGAUCGCAGCCUUACAACACUCCAACUCAGCAGCCUUUCCAGUCGCAACAGCCUCCGCAGCAGGCGUCCUCUAUCCAAAUGGGUGGAAACCUUCCGCCACCUCCUUGGGAGGCUCAGCCAGCGGCGAGCAAUGAAGUGCCAAAUGGCCAUUUGGGAGGCAUGCAACCUCUCCCAGGGCCAGGCCAGAUCGGCGGCAUGCAGCAGCCACUGCAACCACAAGUUAACCACAUGGGAGUUCCACAAAGCCAGCCAAUGUACAGUAACCAACCAGGAGUCGGGCUGCCUCAACAAGGGAUGCAACCCAGUCAAGUUGCCGCAACACAGAUGCAGCCAGGCUUCGGAAACCAGCAGUUCGGUUCGCUACCACCGACAUUCAUGAUGGGCAUGCAGUUCGGUGGCAUGCAGCCUCCACAAAUGUAUGGCGGAUCGCAGCCAGUCAUGAUGUACCCGCAACAAAUGCCAGUCGUGCAGUACGGAGCAAUGCCGCAGCAGCAGCCGAUGUAUGGUGGUCGGUUGGCAGGGUACAUGCAGCAUCCUUCUGUGGCUGCUGCACACUACUAUAACAACCAGGGGACGGCAGGAAUGUAUGGGUACCCUGGCACGAAUGGACUGUCUCAGAGCAUGUAUGGACUCUCGGUGCAGGACAACUCGUCCAUGGGGAUGAGCUCGUCGUACCAGACUACGACGGCGCCAACCUCCACGGGGCAACCAAUGAAGCCAACGAAGCCCGGAGACAAGCUUUUCGGUGACCUCCUGAGCAUUGCCAAGACGAAGAAAGCAUCAUGA